GCUGGCUGCAGGGCUUUGUCUGAGGCCCCGGCCCUCUGCGCCGAAUACCAGACUCACCUUGACCUUCAGGGGCUUGGGCUGACUGUGCUCCAGGUGCUGGUGGCGAUGCUUCCAGAAGAGGGCCUUGUGCUGCGAGAGCUACGCACUUUGCAGGAUGCAUGGACCCAAUACUGGGACGAUGCCACGGAGUUCUGGUCCGCACUGCUCAAUACUUUCCGUCACGGAGGGGAUUGGUCCCUGCUGAAGCAGGAGUUUGUGGCUCGCGGCGUCCACCGGAUAAUGGCCCAGAGGCUCAAGAAGUUGCACGACGCCCUCAACACCGCACUGAGCGCGGCCGCCGCGGCAAACCUGGACGACGAAGCUCACCGUCCUCACUGCGCGGCACCUGCCGAAGCGGUCACCCGAGGCACCAGCGACUGGCCUCACGGCUCUGCUGGCCUGUUGUGGGCUUUGCUAGCCAUGGUCAGCUACGGCGAAGAAAGAGCUGAGCCAGCUCUAUGGGGGGAGGUCAUCAUGCGUCUAGGCCGCAGCGAGCCUCGUCAACAUGGCGGCCUUCGCGCGCCUGCGGCAAGGUCUCGCAUGAAGGCGGCACCUCCCGAAGGACUUGCAAACCUGACCAAGGCACCACGGUUGUUAGAGUACCUCAACAAGCUGCGAGACCUCACCGGCAAGGUGAACGAGCUUUCACAGGACUUCAAGAAGUUCUGA